AUGGACAGUUUGCUAUUGGAUGAACUUGCACCACUUCGAGAAGUCGCUUCAUGGCAAAGCUACAUGAAUGUCAUCGCCACCGUCGGCCGUAGCAUCGGUGGUCCGCUUGGAGGGUUUCUAGCUGAUACAAUCGGCUGGAGAUGGUCAUUCCUCGGACAAUCGCCAAUAUUCGCUGUAUCCAUGAUCAUCGCCGCCAUCCUCCUCCCCUCUACGACACAAACCGAGGGCGCGACAAUCGAGCGCAUCAAAAGGAUCGACGCACUUGGAGCUUUGCUUUUGGGUGGCUCUGUUCUCGCUUUCAUGGUUCCCCUUGAGGUUGGCGGUCAGAAAAUUCCCUGGAGUCAUCCCCUCGUCCCAAUUCUCGCUGCAACUGGCGUGAUUAUAUCCGCUGCUUUCGUACUUGUCGAGUCACGUUGGGCAAAAGAACCAAUCUUCCCUCUUCGUUUACUCAAAAGUGGCGAUAUCACAAAGACGUAUCUCAUUGCGUUUGGUCAAGCAGCCGCACAGCUUGGAAUGAUGUAUACCGUCCCUAUUUACUUCCAAGUGUCUCAGCGCGUGUCGAGCACAGUCGCAGGCGCUCAUUUGUUCCCUGCAGUCAUAGGCAACACUGUCGGAGGCAUAGCAACAGGCUUGAUCAUAAAAAGAACUGGCCGAUACAGAGCGCUCAUCAUCUUCUCGGCCAUCUCAUCGAUUACCAGUUACGCUCUGAUGCUACUUCGCUGGCAUGGAGAGACGAACUGGCUGGAGUCACUCUACGUGUUCCCAGGGGGCCUGGGUAUGGGUAUCGCGCAAAGUGCAGCGUUUAUCGCCCUCCAAGCUUCCAUCAACCCCAAAGACAAGGCAGCAGCGUCUUCUGGAAUCUUCCUGGCUGUAACUUUGGGUUCAGUAGUUGGCAUGGCUGGUACGAGUGCAGCCAUUCAGGGAUUUCUCAGACAUGACAUCCAGCAGAACCUUGGUGAUCUCGGAAAGUCUCAACCCUUUAUCGACGAGGUGAUUCGAAAAGCUGCAGAGAGUGUCUCGUACAUCGACGAAGCUUCCGAGCCUAUCAGAAAGGUACUGGUUGAGGGUUAUAUUAGAGGGAUCGAGUAUGGCCACGGCCUCUCUAUCGUGUUCUCUGGGAUCACGCUCGUCACUGCUCUACUACUCAAGGAGCGUAAACUUUGA